AUGACCCAACCCACUGAAAAUGCAAUUGAGCCUGCAGAAAAGGGCACUAUGCCAGAAAACCCAGUCCAACAAGCUCAAGUAUUGACCAUUGAGGACGUUGCGCACUUAGGAUUUGAUCAUGAAUUGAUUCGAUUUGCGGUUUUUCAUACGAAUGGAUGCAUUUGGGAAGCUGCUGAUGUAUUGCUGAAGUUCGAAAGUCGACCAGAUAAGGGAAGUGCAGGGGAGCUUCUUGAGUUCGCUCUCUGGAUUUUAGAAAAGGACCGGAUCAAAGCUUUGAGAGCUCUCGCCAGAUUCCGUUCUGGUGCCCCAGCUCAUCCUGUAAUGCCGGGAUCUAAAACAACGAAGAAGAGUGCUGAGGCAAGCAAUGCUGAAACGGCAGAGCAGAAAUCUUCCUUGAAGAAAGUAACGAGUUGGGGCGAAAGCCAAAGCAAUGUCGUUGGAACAGCAUUACAGAAACAAGCCAUCAAUGAAGAUGCGGCCAAACAAGAAACGACAAUGCCUCAGAUGCAUCAGGUGAGCGAGGCCAUUGAUAAUUCCGAUGACCAUACUCAGGAUGCCUCAAAUUCGGGCCAACCCCAAAGUGGAACAGUUGUAACAACAAUACAAGCGGAACCCAUCAUUGCGAAGGUAACAGUUUCAAAUCAAAUUCAGAGCAAAACAGUCGCAACAACUAUCAAGAAAGAACCGACAGGUCAACAAGUUACUUCCACACAAACAAAAACUUCCGCAGGAAUGAAUAUCUGUGGCAGCAGUACCAAGCGCAAGCUAGAGGUAAUUGAAAUCUCUGAUGAUGAAGCUGACGAUGUCGAUGUACGCAGUCCAUCCCGCGUUAAGACAGGGAAUAGUUCUGGAAAGGAUAGUGUCGUGGAGGAUAGUGCUGUGGAUGAUACUGCUGCGAAUGUUAGUACUGCAGAUGAUAGUGUUGCGAUUGUUAGUACUGCAGAUGAUAUUGCUGCGGGUGUUAGUGCUGGGAAUAUUAGCACUGCGGAUGAUAGUGCUACGAAUGAUAGUGCUAGAAAAGAUCCUACAGAUGAUAGUUCCGGAGCUUUUCAAACCCCAGAGGUUCCACUCCAACUCGUGAAUGAAGGGAAAUGGGCAGACAAGAGGAUCGCUUGGGCAGAAAAGUUCUUUCAAAGAUCCGAGUCCCGCAUCAUACUUGGCGAGGGUGCCGGAAGUUCCUCUAAUACCCAUAAACUUGAUUGUUUUUUAAGGGUUUUUCAACGGGCUGAAAGUCUUGCCACAAUCCGCAAAGGCCUCCUGGCACUCGAAAGUCAGGCAUAUCCAUACUCGACAAAUUGCAUUCUGGAGGGGGCCGUAGCAUCUGCAACUAUCGACUUGAAAGAUGCUUGUUCUCAUUGCUUAGUGACUCAUACAUGGAUGCUAAACCUGGAUGAUAAACCUGGAUGA